AUGACUGGAGUGAGUUUGAAUUCGCUGACUGAUCUUUACAAGAAGUACUACAGCUACAGCUUCAUCACCAAGAUUACAAGAGAACGCAAACAACAGAUCAGGUUUCCUGCUAUCACUAUAUGCACUCUGAGCAAGUUUGACAUAAGCAAACAGAACCUAACUAACGCAGAGCUAGCCUAUCUUCACAGCUCUGGGUACCUUGCACAAAUGUCACCGCAAGUUGACUGGGACGGAGAGGAAGGGAGAGAGCUCGAUAAACUCGAUAAUGUCAAAUUCUGGGCUGGUGGGGCAUAUAAAAAAGAGGAUAUUUUUAAAGUCAUAUUCUUCAAAAAUAACCGAAUCAUCACGGAAAGUCUGAACUACAGUCAGAAACAAGAUCAUCGCUGCUUCACCUUUAACGCUAACGCUGACAUCAGUGCUCUUGAGUCUGAAGAAACCAAAUUGACAAUGUCUAUUGACAUCAUGCAAGAUACCUAUCUGGAGGGAGCUGCAUACGAGGCAGGGAUACAGAUGAAGUACCUUCCAGACCCCUAUAAUACCCGCGGGACGGAUUGUGUGGACACUCAAGCCUCGGACUUUGUCAACCCUCUGGAGUGGUUCAAGGUGUACAGCUUUGACGGGUGUCUUCUGGAGUGCUCCAAUAAGGUUGCCAUGGAUGCCUGUAACUGCACCGCCGGAUGGGAACCCCAGCAAGCAAGAGUCAUUCUGCGGCACUGCUCAGUGAAGGAAGUGAAAAUAUGUUACCAAUGCAGGCUGAUUAGUGUAAGAAGAACAGGGACAAGUGUCAUGAUGUAUGUGUAA